CAGAUGUUCUGGGAGGCCAACGAGGCGGUCCCCGACUACGUCGCGGCCGCCGAGGACACAAAGACACACCAGGGCAAACAGGUGCACGCGAGCACCCCCAGCAGCGACGCGCCAGCGACCGCCUCGGAGGUGUUGUUGUCGUACAACCGCCUGGCGCCCACCACCCCUAUCCUGCUGAACUGUGCAGAGGUGACGACAAGCCAGAUUCUCGCCGGGCCGCGCUCUGACGUUCUCUGCCGGCAGUACACCGAGGAAGUGUUCCAGGGUCUGUACGCUGCCAAGGAUCUGUCGUGCGUGCAGGCGAUGGAGGGGGUGGGCGUGUUGCACGUGCUCACGAGCGAGUACCCCACCGUGCCGGUCGCCAUCGUGCGCGGCGGCUCUAACUACGACAUGUUCCCCCUCUCGCGUCAUGUCUACCGCCUCAACAGCACGGACACCCGCGGGCAGCGGGAGGAUGGCGACUGGUACGUUGCCUGGGACCAGAAGGAGCACUACGUCAGCGAAGACGAGUUCCACCUGUACACAAAGGUGUCGUACCGGUACUCCAUUGAAACGGCGAGCGCGGUGGUGCUCAACUACUUCCUCAGCGCGGAGACCGUGCUGCCUGGCAUGUGA